AUGCCGCCCAUUGAGCGGGAUGCCCCUCGAGACAGGGCAUUGAAACAUCAGCAUUCCGCAUCAUCGGACCACAGCCGUGCCCUGGUUCCCAUGUGGGACAGUUCUGAUCCCGAGAGGGCACCACCACCCUUACCUCUCAACCCGCAGUCUCCUGGCGUCUCGCGGACAGGGACCUCUAGUGCCAUUCAGUCGGCCCAUGCCGCCAUGACAGAGAAAGCACGGGAGAGCGCAUUGGUGCCCCAUCUGACCAAGCGCAUUGAUACAUCACCAGAGCGGCCCUCGCCGACGCGGGGAUCGUCGCAUCGCCGCAUGCAGUCUCUACAGCCUUCAUCCGUCAAAGACCUGAGUUUGAUGAUUGAGGCCGGCGCACGGGAUACCUCGGCCCAAUCGACACCGAGAUCGCCCGAGAAGGUUGAGAGGCCUUCGACGCCGUUGCGGAGUCGAGAUACUUUCUCUGAAUGCAGGGAGGAAAGGGACGAGAAGACGCCCAUUGGUACUCCAAAGCCAGGGCCCAGCUUGACCCCCAUCAUCCGACCAGCCGUGCGACGUCCGCACCAGAGUAUCCUGGGCGAAAACACCCCCCCGCAGUCUGCCACGAUGCUUGCCCUGCAGAGCAUGAGUACCCAGAACAGCAACACGCCAACUCCAAAGGCACCCGAGACUCCCCCUGCAAACGUUACCAAUCCCUCCACGGCCAUGGUCAGGGUUCCUCAAUCCCUCGAGGCCUUGUCCAACCAGAUCCUUACCCUCACAGACAUCGCAACCACUCUACAGAAAGAAAUGUCGCUUCUCAGCCGGCGAAGUCGAGACAAUGCUACAGAUCUUUUGAGCCUCAAAGAGGCCACAAAUGCCCGAGACGAAGACAUCCGGAAGAGCCUUCGGGAGCUAAUCUCGGAUGCCAAGAUGCGAUCAGCCUCGAAAGACCCUUAUGGUGGUCCCCUUCUUCUCGAAGGCAGACACCAUUCUUCGUCCCCAACGCAGCUGACCAAGUCUGUCCGACCGUUUUCGUUGCCCAGAAUACCAUCACCAAACAGCUUCGCUGCCUCUCUUGACACGGAAUCCAUGUUGAGCACGCCAUCUCUAGUGCCCGAUUCGCCCACCACAGUUGCCCUGCUGGAGAAGAUCAUUCGAGAGAUGGGUACCAGGGAAGGCCAAGAUACUCUCCUUGCACGCCUCACAGAGCUUGCCGGGAAACUGUCAGGAAUGGCGACGGCCGAGAAAGUUGAGGAGCUUGCCCGUUUCGUCAAGUCGAACCAACAACAAGCUGUUGUUCCUGCUGCUGGGGGUGGCAGGGGAGGCGCAGGUGGUAAAGGUAGCCGAGAUCUCGAGUGGGACUUCGAUGAGGACGAAGGAAGGUCAAGGCACGGAGCCUUCGACUUUGUCCAUGAGGCCACGCAAGCCGGAAGAUUACUACCGGGUCAAGAAGGCCGACGUCCGGCGACUCCCGGACCCCGCGCGGUCGACGUGGUCAACGAGGAGGUCCUCAAGGCCAUCCGCACUGUCAAGGACAGUGUAGCCCAAGGAGGCGGCUUGACCGCCGAAACCAAGGCGCUCGUCCGAGAGCUUCGGGGCGAAGUCCUGGGCAUGGGACGGGAAAUCGGCCGCAGACUCGACGAAAUCACCGAGAAGGGCGCAGGGAAAACCGAAGCAGCCAACAAGGCUGAGAUGGCCAAGGUGAUUGAGGAGGGCCUGGCAGAGAUGAAUCAACAGAUGAACAACAUCCUCAGAGAACACCGCCGGCAGUCAGCAGCGACAUUCGCGUCCAGAGAGUCCUCAAUCGACUACAAAGAAAUUUACAACAGCGUGCGAGCCGCGCUCAAGGAUACACAAGCAAACAAGCCCCGUGUGCCAGAACUCCGAAGAGAAGACGUCAUUCACGCUGUCAAGGAUGCGUGGGAGAAGUACAAGCCUGAGAUCGAGAUUCAGCAGAUCGGCUUGGAGCGAGACGAGAUCCUUGCCUGCCUGCAGGAAGGCCUUCGCGCAUACGCGCCUCGCGACAACCGCCCUCCCGGAGCGACCAGGGAUGAAGUCUUUGACGCUGUCGUCGAAGCCCUGAAGCACUGGGUGCCUCCCAAGGUUGAGACGCCGGCGACUCUAUCUAGGGAUGAGAUCCUCGAGGCUGUUAGGGAGUGUUUGGAGGAGUUUGAAUUUCCUGUUGCGCCGUCCGCCAUGGGCGCUGAGAUAUCGAGAGAGGAUAUGUUGGAUGCUGUUAAGGAAGGGCUCCAUUCAUUCGAUUUCCCUGCGCCUCCGCCGCCACCGCCGCCACCUCCCAGCUCCGAUCUCACCCGAGAAGAUGUGCUCGACGCUGUCACUGAGGGCUUGCAGUCGUUUGACUUCACCUCCAUCUACGCAAACGCUUUGGUUCCGCAGUCAGUAUCGAAAGGCGAUGUCUCGGAUGCUGUGAAGCAAGGACUCAAAUCGCUCGACCUGUCAGCUGACAUGGUAGAGGCUGUCAGAGAAGGGGUCGAGACUCUUGACCUUCAGAAAAAUGUGCUGCAGGCUGUAAAACAAGCCCUUCAGGGCUAUGAUUUCUCAACUGCCUUUUCGUCCAUUGUCAUUCCACGGCCUGACCUUUCAAGGGUUGAUGUCGCGGAUGCGGUAAAGGAUGGCAUCGAAUGCCUCGACCUCACCAACAGCAUUACGCUCGCUGUCAAGCAGGCAUUGGAGGGCUUUGACUUCCCCUCGGCCAAUGCCUCGGCUCUCAUCCCACACCCCGACACAUCGCGGGUAAAUGUUGCCAAUGCAGUCAAGGAGGGUCUUGAAGCUGUCGACCUGUCUCAGACUGUUACGGAGGCUGUUAAAAAGGUGCUGGAGAGCUUCGACUUUUCUGCAUCAACUUCCGCUCUCGUUACUCAGCCUGACCUCUCACGAGCAGAUGUUGUAGCUGCCGUGAAGGAGGGGCUCGGUUCAACCGACAUCUCCAAGGAUGUCACGGACGCGGUCAAGCAGGUGCUUGAAGCCUUUGAUUUCUCUGCCUCAACCGCGGCUCUCAUCCCACGGCCUGACUUGUCGCGGGUGGAUGUCGUAGAUGCGGUUAAGGAAGGGCUUGAGUCAUUUGACGUUUCGUCCGGUCUGGGAGAUGUCGUAAGGAAGGAGCUUCAGGCGUUCGACUUUUCUUCACUGCAGUCUUCCGCCUUGGUCCCCCAAACGGGCAAUAAUGACGAGAUUGUCCAGCGCCUUCUUGAAAUCAAGGACUUUCUGCAGGCUGAAUUCAAGGCAGUGUCGGAGGAAGCCAAACAGAAUAUUGCGGCCAAUGCUCGGGACACCGAACAGUUUCUUGACGCGACCAAGGAUGGAUUUGAGAAGCUCCGGCAAGACAUGGAAAGCUACGUGGACCGCGCAAGGGGCGAAUCAGACUUGACGAAGUCCAAUGAGCAACUGCUCCGCACCCUUGACGGUUUCAGAGACGAAGUGGCGGAGCUCGUGACAAGGUUCACGGACGACUCCCGCGCCCUGCUUCAAGAGGAAAUCGAAUCGCUCCGGGACGCUGUUAACUCAUCGCUGAUUCCAGCCCUUCCUCAGCCGGGAAAUCACAAAGAAGUCCUCGAGGCUAUUCACGAAGGCCUCAGCAGCCUCCGAACAGAAAUCAGCACUCGGCCGAUUGCUGGGCUUACAGAGAUCCUGGAUGCCCUGCAGGAGGGUCUUGGCGAUAUUCGUACCAGCUUGAAUAAUCUGCGCGACAAACCAGCCGAUCUAACCGCCAACGAUGAGAUCCUGGAAGCGCUGAAAACUGGGCUGGACAGCGUCCGGUCGGAUAUUGAUGACCUUCGCGAAGACAGCAAGAACUUGAAUGACCGAGCUCUGGCUACAAUCAACAAUGAUGCGAAUGCCAUAGUUUCUGUGGAGCAGAUGCUGAAGCACGACGAUAUCAAAAACCUCGAAGUUUUGAUUGCUCAGUUGGGCGUCAAGGUAGAGGCCAUGGAAGCCCACCCGCCAGAGGGUGUUCCAUCUCUUUCCAAGGAAGAUCUGGCUGGGAUGGAGGAGACACUCCGCAACGUUGCAGAGUCUGUGGCUGGUAUGCCCAAUCGGGAGCCAUUCGAGGCAAUACAAGAGAGCAUCCAAAAGCUCCAGGAGACUGUGGCCGAGUUGGCAGCCCGGGAACCAGCGGCUCCUUCGGCACCGGCUAGCACCGAUGCGGCUACAAGGGAAGACGUCGAGGCCAUUGAGACCAUUCUCCGUAACACAAAAGCGCGUCUCGAUGACCUUAUGGACGGAGAGCAGGCUGUUCGCAAGGACCACAUUGAUGCCCUUGAAACGCUGGUUGUGGAGACUCGGGACAAUCUCACCGGCGUCUCUUCUCAGAUGGAGAAUCUCUCCCGCAAAGAGCAAGUCGAAUCACUUGAGACUCUAAUCCUCGAGACUCGGGAAAGCCUUGGAGGACUUACCUCGCAAAUGGAUAUUCUCUCUCGCAAGGAGGAUGUGGCCAUGGUGGAGUCGCUAGUCACCCAGGUCAUAGCUGCCUUCGACGAGAUGAAGGAACGACACGAAAAGGCUCUGGAGGAUCCUGAGAAGGUGACGAAAACCGACGUCGAUGCCGUUGAGGCUGUUUGCCUCGAUACCAAGGUUCUCAUUGAGCAAAUUGUGAAGGCCGACCUUGCCAGCCUCCCUUCCAAAGAGGAUAUCGACUGCCUCGAGCUGCGCCUCAGAGAGCUCGGGGAGCGCAUGGAAGCGCACGCCGACGCCAAUGUCAAGUCCUUUGAGGAACGCCAAGCAGAGACUGUUGGUGUAGGCAUUGGGGUUAGUGAGAUGAAGGCCCUUCUAGAAGAGUUCCAAGCCGUUGCGAGAGCCAAGCUCGAGGACGGAGCGAGGGGAAUUGACUCCAUCCACACCAUCUUGGAUGCCCUGAGCGACAGCAUCCGGAAGAAUGAGAAUAUCGGCGAUGAUCUCAAAGAAGUUCUCGAUACCAUGAAGCUGGAGUUUGAAGAUUCCAAGACUGCCGUGGUCGGUGCUAAACUGGAGCUGGAUGAGAAGCUUCAAGCCGUGGCUGAUACCAUGGUCGCGAAAUUCGAUGAACGCGUCGCCGAGCUGAUCGCCAAGUAUGAAGAGCUGCAGCUUCUCCAAGAUGAUCGGGCUGCAAAGGGUGAAGCGAGAGACAUCGAGCUUGAGGCAGCCGUCAGUGGCACCAAGUCCAUCGCCGAGGAGCUGAAGUCACUCGUCGACACUCUCGGCGCUGCCGUCACAGACUCCAUGGAGAAGAUGGAAGAAGCCUCCAAGACGGUGUUUGAACGUGUUGAGGACCUCGCCACCAAGUCGAACGACAACCACUCCGAUGCAAAGGCGGAGCAUCAGCUUACCAGAGAACAGGUCCAGGAGGCCAUCGGCAAGGUGGAGGGGCUUCAGGGCCAAGUCAGCGAGUACCAGCCUAAGAUCCUCGAAACAGUUCAGCAUGUCAUGGCACUUCUGGCUGAACAUUACGACCAUCUCAAGACUUCGACAAUGGCAAUUCAGGAAAGGGUUGAGCGCCCAUUGCUGCCGCCGCCGCCGGAAAAGUACGACGACACUUUGGUUCUGGAGAAGCUUGAGACACUGGUUGGCCACGCUCAAGUAGCUGACAAAGCCUUUGAGCAGCUCGAGACGCUCGAGAAGGUCCAUGCACAGGUCAAGCACACGGCCGCUGAGCUAGCUGCAUUCCUCGCCGCCCAGACACAACGCAUCGCCGAUGAACAUGAAGACAGGGAGAAGACGCUCCAAGACACAAUCAUUGCUCUGGAGCGCCGGCUCGAGGAAAAGAAACAGGUUGAGGCACAGAUUGAGAAUCUCAGAGAAGAGGAGGCGCGCCUGAAGGAGAGCAUCACCGUCAAACUACCCGAGGAGCAGAGAGAGAUGACUCAGCAAUUCCUGGCAAAUCUGCAAGCGGAGGAAACCCGGCUCAAGGAGGCCACUGCCGUUCUCAGAGACGAGCAGGAUCAACUGAAGGAGGUCUUCCUCACCAACCUUAAGGAGGAGCAAGCACGUCUCAUGGAAACCAACGUUGCUCUGAAGGAGGAGCAAGAUCAGCUCAAAGAGGCGUUCCUCGCAAACCUCAAGGAGGAGCAAGCCCGCCUGAUGGAGACGAAUGUAUCUCUGAAAGAGGAGCAGGACAAGCUGAAGGAGGCGUUUCUUGCCAACCUCGCAGAGGAAGAAUUGAAGCUCAAGGAGAUGAACAAUGCUCUCCGCGAGGAGCAGCAGGUUCUCAAGGAUACAUUCCUUGCCAAUCUCCGGGAGGAAGAAUCGCUCCUCAAAGAGGUGAACGCUGGCCUCCGCGAAGAGCAGCAGCAAUUGCGGGAGACGUUCCUCGCCAACUUCAAGGAGGAAGAGCAAAAGUUGAGAGAAACAAACGACGCCCUGAGGGAAGAGCAAGAGCAACUCAAGGCCAAGUUCAAGGAAGAGCAUGAACAGCUUAAGGCGGCCCUCAAGGAAGAAUAUGAGCAGCUCAAAGCUACCCUCAAGGAAGAAAACGAGCGCCUCAAGGUUGAGCUCCUCACGAACCUGAUGGAAGAGGAGGCGCGGUUGAAGGAGGCCAACUCUUCUCUGCGGGAAGAGCAAGAGCAAUUGAGAGUAGGCUUCUUUGCCACGCUCAAGGAAGAAGAAGAGCGUCUGAAGGACAGCCUUAUCUUGCUGCGCGCCGACCAGGAAAACCUCAGCCGUCAGAAGAGCCGGCUGACGGCGGACCUCUCGUCGCUCGACACGGCACUUCGACUCCGCCGCGAGGAGCUUCACGACAUGGAGGCGCGUGCCGAAGGCCUCGAGCGCCGGAUUCUCGAGGGUGUGAUGGACCACUCAAGAGUCCUGCUGAUGGCUAAGACCAAUCGUGCCAACGGACGCGACUCGAUGAUGAGCCGGAAGCGCGUGUCGUCGACUCACCAACCGGCUGAUACACCCCUGGCAGCAGCAAGCAACAGCCCUGCGCCGAACGAGAAUGCCAAGCGCCGCUCGGCAAUCAACAUGGCCAUGUCCGCCCGCAGCAAGGCCAACACCCCGACUGCCAACUCGGCGGGCACCUCACGGCGCAUCCUCUCCCUCAGCCAAAUCACAAACAACGUCCCCACUGGCGGCAUAAAGCGUAGCCAGAGCGUUAGGACCGCUGUGACGCCCGCGCGGCUCCGCAAGUCGAGUUGGGCGGGUGCUGGUGGAGGCGGAAAUAACCGGGCCAUCGCCACGGACGACAAGGAAAAUAUCGGUCUACCGGAGAUGGAGGAAGAGGGCGAGAGCCGGUACAGCGAUGGCCACGACCGCUUCGACACGCCCCCACCUGUGGCACCAGCCGUGGACAUUGUUGUUGAUGACGCACCCGCCGCUGCUGCCGACGAUGGCGGAAUUGCUGAGGGUUUGGGUGAUGGUGAUUUCGAGCGGCUUGAUGAUGAUGUUCGGGAGGUACAGGGAGGAGAGACUGAGAUGGACGCGGAGACGGCCAAGGACGACCUCAGACGGGCGAGCCACGGUACUACCGUUGUCACCCCCGCUGAGGACGACUGGGCUGGACCUGACGAGGACGGGGAUUUCGAUGGCGAUGCCAGCCCCGACGCGGAUGCAGAUGCGGCCAGUGUGUGGACUGAGAGUGUCCCCGGUAGUCGCAGGGUGAGCGGGGUUGCGGCGGCUGAGUAA